AGGUCUGCGCGCCCCGGAAGUUCUCGUCUUCGUUCGGAGGAAGGAGGCGUGGGGCGACCGAGGGAGGCCGCUGCGAGGCUGUGACUUUGAGACUCGCGCGAUGAUGCGAUUGCUGUUUCCUCCUCUGAAAGCGGUGCUGGGCAGUCCGGGCGUCCGGCUGCAGGCUGCUGGGGGAGCUCACCGGUGCGGUUGCCAUUAUGGGCAAAAGCUCUCUCUCUUGCAAAGACAGCACAGUACUCUGUCUGAAGUAGCUUUGCAGUCUGGAAGGGGAGCAGUGUCUGUCCCCACAAAGGCUGCCCAGCGCAUUAUGGGUCGUUGGCUCUUGGUCUGCAGCGGAACAGUAGCAGGAGCGGUGAUUCUUGGUGGAGUGACUAGGUUGACAGAGUCUGGGCUCUCCAUGGUAGAUUGGCACUUGAUAAAAGGAAUGAAACCACCCACAAGCCAAGAAGAAUGGGAAGCAGAGUUCCAAAAAUACCAGCAGUUUCCAGAAUUUAAAAUCUUGAACCAUAACAUGACAUUAGCAGAAUUCAAGUUUAUCUGGUACAUGGAAUACUCACACAGAAUGUGGGGUCGGAUUGUGGGCCUAGCAUAUGUCCUUCCCACUGUCUACUUUUGGAGAAAGGGCUGGCUCACCCAUGGCAUGAAAGGUCGUGUUCUUGCCCUCUGUGGUUUAGUCUGUUUCCAGGGACUGUUGGGGUGGUAUAUGGUGAAGAGUGGAUUAGAAGAAAAGCCAGAUUCUUAUGACAUCCCUCGGGUGAGCCAGUAUCGUCUGGCCGCUCACUUGGGCUCUGCCCUUGUCCUCUACUGUGCCAGCUUGUGGACUGGACUCUCCCUCUUGCUUCCUCGAGACAAGUUGCCAGAAACCCGAAAGCUCUUGCAGCUGAGGCGAUUUGCUCAUGGGACAGCAGGCCUGGUUUUCCUUACAGCUCUUUCAGGAGCCUUUGUGGCAGGCCUGGAUGCUGGACUUGUAUACAACUCCUUUCCUAAGAUGGGAGACCACUGGAUCCCAGAAGAUCUCUUUACCUUCUCUCCAGUUCUUAGAAAUGUCUUUGAGAAUCCAACCAUGGUGCAGUUUGAUCAUCGAGUCCUGGGAAUCGCUACAGUCACAGCCAUUACUGGACUUUACUUCUUCUCCAGGAGAAUCCCUCUUCCUCGAAGGGCCAAAAUGGCAGUGACAACAUUGCUGGCUGUGGCCUAUGCACAGGUGGCCUUGGGCAUUAGUACUCUACUAACGUAUGUUCCAACUCCUUUGGCUGCAGUUCACCAGUCAGGGUCCCUCGCUUUGCUCAGCAUUGCCCUUUGGCUUAUGAACGAACUGAGGCGAAUCCCAAAGUAAUGCCCAGGCAGGUAUUUUUCUGGACUCUUCCCAGGCUUUUGAGAGCUCUGUAGAGGGCAUGAGGCUUCCCUCCUGUUGAAUUAAAGAAUUGAUGUGGUAGACAGAUCAGAAGAUCAAGAAUGAAGUUACUGAUCUGAGGAUUCUUUUUCAGACUAAACAAACUACUCUUCUUCCAUAAGUUGUCACUUGCUUUUUAAUGUGCUAUUAAGAUCCCUUCCAACUUUCACUACUCUGAUUCUUUUGAUACAGCAAUACCACUGAUAGGUCUGUGUCUCAGAGUUGGGAGGGAGGGAAGGAAAAAAAAAA